UUAAUUUCGUGGUUGGCUCUUGGUAGGACGGGUAGAAUUUUGUGAAGUUUUACAGUUGUUAGGCGCAUGGCCGCUUGAGUGUGUAGUAUUUUAUCACUUUCACAAUCAUCUGCUUCGCAGUAUCCGACACUUCGUAUCCACUGUUUAGAUCGAAUUAAUUACUUAUUAGGCUUUAAAGACCAAGGGAAUUCCCUUUCCUCACUUCUUCUUUUUUUCAUCCUUGUUACUACAUUCGCUUACCUGUAAUGCCACUUUCAAGUCCAGAGCUUUGUCCCUUGUCUUCAGAGUGAGGGUCACUAUUUAUUUUCCAUUCAGAUUUGCAUUCUUUGUUCAAGUUCCACUUGCUUUCAAGUCGAAGGUCCUGGCCUCUCCUUAGCUUACCUCCGGUGAUCGGCAUGUUGUUUUUUUGUCUGCCCCUGUCUCCAUGAUCUCUUGAAGAUGGACUUCUGGGGUUUCCCAAGCCCGGACUCGCACAAUUGUGUAUAUUGCGAAGUUUUUUAAGAUGAAACGUAGUAGUUUCUUGUCACAGAAGGUGUUUAUUUUUAAUAAACAUUUCUGCUCGCGAAGAGCUUAGGGUAUACUUAGGUCUUUGAUGUAAGUGUAUGUUCUUCUUCCCAAAUUACCAAGCAAUCAGUGUCUGUCUUCUGGUUGUUUUUAUGGGUCGAUUCCCUGGCAGAUGAGUGACGCUUCUUUGGAGUUUUUGGCUGUUCUUUGAUUUGAGGCCACAAAUUUAUGUGGAAUGAAUUUGUUAAAAGGAGGCGCAGUCCAAAGUCAAAUCCGCGAGGGUUUACAACUAUAAAUUAUGGGCAUCGUGUAGUAAUUGAGACUUAUUUUUGACACGCCUUGUUUAAAUUGUGCGGGCGUCGUUGUGGUCCUUAGUGAUGGAGGCGAGCAUUGCGAAUUCUGUGCGCCACGUUCAAAAUGUAGUUUCACUACAUGGACAUCCUACAUGUCCUGAAGGUUUGGGAAGUAGAUUACCGUUAAGAAGCAGCAGUUUUUUACGAGGCUCAAGCCUCCCGAAGCAUCGUCUCUUCUACUCUGGAUUCAUAAGGCGUGCAGAGAUACUUGAUCGUGUUUUGAGGUGUAGCGCUAAAUAUGGAGUACCAUCUGGAGACACGGGCAGUUCAGCAUAUAACAAACAACCUAGUGAGAAAAGUAAGCACCACCUAGAUGUAACUACUCGUACUCCUCAAGGUAAUCAGGACGGACUCAAGCCUCUCAAGUCUUCAUCCAAUAAGCCAGUCCUGUCAAUGCCCUUCAAAGUGGAGGAGGAAACCGCGAUCGAGACUUCCAAAGCGCGACACAAAGGAAGAGUUGGCACAUACAUAAGAGAAGGCAAUGUAUCACUGGCGUCAUUUGGCAUCAAAGUAAAGCGUGACAAGAAGGGAAAAAAAGUUGAUCUUACGAAGUCACUAUCGCAAAUGCUCCCGUAUGUUGUUUUAGCAACUGCGGUAUCUGCGUUGAUUCAGCCUGCUUCUUUUGCUUGGGUUAGCAAAGACUAUUACGCUCCAGCCCUCGGAGGAAUUAUGCUGUCAAUAGGGGUGCAGCUGUCUGUUUCCGAUUUUGCGCUUGUAAUCAAAAGGCCUCUGCCUGUACUGGUAGGAUAUGUAGCUCAGUACAUUGUGAAGCCCCUUUUGGGACUACUGGUGUGCGCUGCCUUAAGCGUGUCUCCAGCAUUCUCAUCAGGAUUAAUCCUUACAUCUUGCGUCGCUGGAGCUCAACUCUCAAGUUAUGCUGCUUUCUUAAGUGAAGGCGAUGUUGCCUUGAGCAUCAUUUUGACAAGCUUAACCACAAUCACGUCCGUGAUUAUUACACCUCUCCUGACAAAAUUUCUGAUCGGAUCUGUUGUGCCGGUGGAUGUCAUUGCCAUGGGCAAAUCUAUCCUUCAGGUGGUGAUUCUUCCCAUUGUCCUUGGUCUUAGUUUGAAUACAUACGCCAAGAACUUCGUGGACAAAAUACGGCCGUUUAUGCCCCUAAUGGCUAUGGUGUGCACUUCUUUGUGCAUUGGAAGCCCAUUGGCUUUGAACAAAAGUCGAAUUGUAUCUAUGGAAGGAUUUCUCCUUCUGUUCCCUGUGUUGGCAUUCCACAUUAGUGCCUUCGUCCUUGGAUAUUGGGUUCCGAGAUUGCCAUUCUGGAAGCAAGAUGAGAAGGUUUCACGGACAGUAAGCCUGUGCACAGGCAUGCAAAGCUCUACACUGGCAAUGCUUUUGGCGACACAGUUUCUUGGUGAUAGUCACGCGGUUCCUCCUGCAUGCUCAGUAGUUGUGAUGGCUAUAAUGGGCCUGUCGCUUGCAUCCUUUUGGGGGAAGGGGCACCAGAUUCGCAACAUUAGAAGAGUACUACCCGGAGAUGUAUCAUAUGCCUGAGUUGUCUAGUUCCCCAAUUGUAGUGCAGAAUCAUUUUUGAGGUAGUAAGCAGAAAUUUGAGGUAGAGAAUGGUGUGCCAAUUUGGUACUAUCCCUGUAAAUUUAUUAAUCGAUAUGCAACUGAUUCAAAUAGUGGCAUCGGUAUUUGUAUUAUAAAGCAUAUUUUUGAGUUCAA